CAGAAACAUGUUCAGCCGAGUGACAGAAUGUCGACAGUUCUUUUAAACAUAGAGAGAGACUGAGAUUACAGGCACAACACUCAGGCUGAGGAUUCAGGUCUGGAUUUAAGGUUUUAAGUCACUUUGUUGUGUUUUUAAAGGACGAGUCAGACACAGACAUGGAGCCUGAAGCAGCUGUGUUCUCUGAAGUCUCCAACGAUACAAACAAACAAAUAAGUCCUGCUGAGGAACCUUUGCAGGAAAAAGACCAGGAAGUGUCAGAAAUAUGUCCCCAAGGGGAUGAGGUGACCAACGGAUGUGACCCUGAAGAACAAAAGCACAAAAACAUGGGGACAAAAGAUCUUCUACUAACGAAUCAGAGGGAUAAACGGUCCAUAAGCCCGCUGAGUUUUCUCAAAGAGGACUUCAGCCAGUUUAAGGAGGAAGUGUUCAAGGUGUUCAGGGACAAAGAUACAAACCCAACGAGUCAGGCAGAAAAUAAACCUGCCACCAGUACACUCUGCCUCCUGAGAGAAGACCUGAGCCAGUUUAAAGAGGAUGUGACCAGCGUCUUCAGCUCGUCUAAAAAGCCAACAGAUCCUAAAACCAGUCAGCCAGCAGAGAAGACGAUCAACCGUCUGAGCUUUCUUAAUUUUAAGGAAGACCUCUCUAAUGUCUUCAGAAUCGGUCUUUCAAAAGACAGAGACAACAGAGGCGUCACUGCACAGGAAGACACCUUCAAGAUAAAACCUGAAAGGGUCGAUGAGCCCUUUUUACAGAGUCUGUUCAGAAAGCCUUCUGAAAAAGCAGAGAAUGGUCAGGAAGUUAAACAGACAUUUUCAGAGACGAGCAAGGAACAAAUGGACGCUGGUUUUAGGGGAAACCUCUCAGAGCAGAACAAAGAGACAGUUGAUACCCAGAAAAUCAACAACAUGAAAGAUGACAUGGAGGACAGUGAAGUGGAUAUUACUCUCUCUGAGGAGAAAACUCAAAGUCUCUAUGAAACACAACAAACUCAGGAGGUGAUUCCCACAUCACAGGCAGCUGAGCGGAAAUGUGAGAGUGAAGGGUUGAGUGAGGACUCCCCUGUGGUGUCAGCAGAAGACGAGAGGAUAAACAAAGAAGAAGAAAAAGAUGAAGAAGAAGAAGAAGAAGAAGAAGAAGAAGAAGUACCACGACAGGAAGAACCAGAAGAAGAAGGAGAAGAAAAGCCAUCAGAGACUCUUCCCUGGGAGCCUCUGUCCUCUCAGUUCAACCUUUUCAGUCUCAGAGACCCAAACAAAGACGACACAAGGAGUCCGCUGGGAGGAGACUUGUGGUCAGUGAAGAACUUUGCCUGUUAUUUGACCUUAGACCCCAACACUGCCAACUCAGAGCUCCACCUGACCGAGUGCAACAGGACGGCAACUCGCAAAUGGUCGGACCACUGGCCCUCAGACCAUCCGGAUCGGUUUGAGCGCUGCCCUCAGGUUCUUUGCAGAGAGGGGCUGCUGGACUCGGUGUACUGGGAGGUGGAGUGGAAAGGCGGCGCUGACAUCGGCGUCACCUACAACAACAUCUCCAGAAAUGGAGACAUGGCAAGCUGUCUGCUGGGACACAACAAGCGGUCCUGGAGUCUGGAGUGUUCAGAGGGAAGCUACACACCAUGCCACCGUAACAAGAGGUUCAAGUCCUGCUCACCCCAACCCUUCACACACAGAGUCGGGGUUUACCUGGACUGGUCUGCAGGAUCUCUGUCUUUCUACUGCAUCUCUCAGGACACCAUGGUCCACCUUCACACCUUCACCUCCAGCUUCACUGAGCCCCUGUACCCGGGGUUCUGGGUCUGGGCCUAUGACGGCUCAGUGUCGCUGUGUCAGGUGGAGCUAGACUGGGAAAGACUGCUGCAGUGAACCAAUGAGAGCACUCUCCUGAGAAAGGGUGUUCUGGGUAAUCACAGGUCGCAGAGGAUCACAGAGGAGCAGAUUCAAGCAUCAAGCCAGCUGACUGGUUGAUUCAGUUGCUGUCGGCAGGUGCAGGUAAACACUGUGCUCAAAAUCUGCGCAUAUAAAAAAAGAAACCAUGUUUGUGUCUCUGGAUCAGCCCCUGAGCCUGUUCGCCUCUGCUCAGCCCAGAGACACAAGUUACAGCUUUAAAGUCCCGUCACGUCACAAAGUGAAGUUCAACUGGUACGUCUCACUUUGCAACACACAUGCAACAUUAAUGAAUGCACACACUUCAUGAUUUUAUCUGCCAGCCCUGCCUGGAACAGACGUGGUCCAACUGGCUCUAAUCAGUCAUCACAAAUCAGAUUCAUCAUCAGAGACUCGUCCACCUUAAGCUGACAUAACAGCUAUAAUUCCACCUUAAAAUUUAAAGAACGGGACAUAAUGUGCAAUAAUGUGUCAACAAAGGAAAUAUCAGGGAUAAUUCAGCUUCUGAACAAAGAACACUGAAGGAAUUCCAACUAGGAGAAGUUUCAGCUGGUUACAAUCUACAAUCCUCACUGAUAGAUGAUACUAAAUCCUCCUAGCUCUGACACACUGGACCUUUGACCAUGCACUGUUUAACUCUUACACUAACUACCUCAACUUUGCUUUGAACUAAGUAAACCUAUUAUAUUUAUCAUCCAUACUGGUGACCUUUCUGUGUCACUGUAUGUACUUCACCGUGCCACCCUUAUCUUAUCUUAUCUUAUCUUAUCUUAUCUUAUCUUAUCUUAUCUUAGCUUAGCUUAAAGAAGUCUGAGAUUCAGUGUUGAAAAUCAACUUUAUGGAUUCAGGAUUUCAAAUUCUACCAGCCACCAUUCUGUUAUCACACUUUUGUGUGUACUAACUUUAGUGUUUCGUUUGUCUGGACAAAGAAAAAAAAAGACUAAUACACACUGUUCACAUAAAAAGCAUCAGUUUGAUAUUUCAUUUAAUGCUUAUCAAUGUUUUAUUCCCUCACACAGACACACACCCAAGCAAAAAAAAAGUAUCAUUAUUAUUAUUAUUAUCAAUAAUAAUGAUACUCGUGGUGGGGAGGUUAAUAAAAUUCACGGGUGCUAAUUUUCAACCCAGCUGAGAUUCUACUGAAUGUAAAAGACAGAACUCCAAACAGCCUCUUCUUUGUUUGUUUACUCUGUUUGUUUCUGAUGCAGAGAAUUUAUAAAGCUUUAUAUUUACUAUAUUUACCGCCUGCUGUUGUGUGUGUGUGUGUGUGUGUGUGUGUGUCUGUGUGUAUGU